AGCCUCACGGUUUUUUUCACAGAGCAGGUGGUCUACUUGGUUGUCACCUUUGAGUUUUCAGUGACCCUUAUACCGGGCACUGCACUACAGCUUUGUUUCAGGAUUGCCAAGUGCAGAUGUACACCCAAGACUCCUAACGGACACCACGUAUCCGCAAUACGGACGGGUUUGUGCAAACAAAGCCAUUGAAGAAAUCAGCUGACUUGGUGCUGUGAAGGUCCGUGUGCCUCGACUGCUGCGGAUCAUCCCUCCUGUGCUGUGAUACUCCAUCAUAAUGGACAAAUUUACGCUGCUCUCGCUGCCGGACGACGUGCUGCUGGCCGUGCUGGCCCACCUGCCCGCCAGGGAGCUCUUCAGCUGCCGCGUGGUGUGUGUCCGCCUCAGGGACCUGUGCCUGCACCGCGAGCUCUGGCGCACCGUUCGAGUCAGGGACUCGGGCGUGGUGCGCGCCGCGCUGCGCCUCGCGCCCUGCAUCGGCGAGGUGUGGCUUUCCUGGGCCAACCCCUUAGCGCCUCUGCCCAGACCGAGGACCGCCUGCGUCGUGGAAGAGCUGCACGUGUCUGUGGAGGCGAGGCGCGACGUGCCCCUGGCCGUGAACACGGUGCAGCACUUGGGUGCCGGCGGUGGCGUGAGGAAGCUGGACAUCAGCAUGGAGUUCAUUCCGGCGAAGAAAAUGAUGCCUCUGCUCAAGGCCGUCUGCGGCAUCAAGGGUCUCCAGGAGCUGACUGUCGACGUCAGGUACAGCGACGAACCGGCUGCUUUUUUCCGCCAGCAGCAGGCGGAGCCGUCUCUGACGAAGCUAGUGUACCAGUCGCAAUCCGCCGACCCUUUCCUGGUCUUGCUGCUCAAGACACACGCGGCCACUUUGCAAGAGGUCCGCCUUGCAGGCUUGCAGGACCUGCCUGCGGCUUUGCUGGCGGGGGUUCCUGGUCUCCGCACAUUGCACUGUGCCCCGCGUGAUGACUUGCCGCUGCUGCUGACGCUGGCCAACCUCCAGUCCAUCGUCCUGACCGACUUGAAGCGUAACGUUACUCCUCCGGGUGCGCGAGACUUCCUCGCCCAGGCUUCGCACCUGCGUUCGGUGGCGCUCCAUCUGACCCCAGCCGUGUCCAAAUCACUCCUGUUAGCGCUAGGCCGGUCGCGCUCGGCUGGACUGGUCGAAAGCAUCGUUGUGGCGACCGUCCUGGACCUUGCACUUGAGGACCUUGUUGUCGUUCUGCGCCGGUUCCCAUCUUUGCGGUCCUUCGACACACUCUAUCUGUCCGCGGACUCCCUCCUGAAGGCAAUCAGCCCCGAGUCUGCGCCCAGCCUCACCACGCUGUCGGUGGUCCCGCGAGCCUCCUGCCUGCACUCCUCGAUCCACCAGGAUGCUGUGCUGGACCUCCUUCUGAGAAACCCCCGCCUCCACCUGCGCCUCUAUCCGCCGACGGUCCUCCAUCUUGACGUUUGCCCGUGUGAGUGGUGCGUGAAGGGCUGUCACAAGGAGCUGAAGGCUCCAUUUGGUCUGCUGCGAUUGGCUUUCUCGUCGCACAGGAGGGGCGCUGGCUGUCCGCGAGGCUGCUACCAGCUGGUCGUGCCUCAUUCCUGAAUUUAGGGAUGAAAUGACUGUCACCAGCUAGUCGUGCCUCGUACUUGAAUUCAGUGAUGAACUGUGUGCUCAACCUAUCCGUCGACUUAUGAACACAAUUGACAACAGAUGUCGACUCAAUUUUUUGCGCAGAGAAAGUGAGAAACAUUGUACAAAUUUGUCCUGUUUUGAGGGGUAGGAAAAUGAUUUAUCAGUUUCAAUUGACUGUUUUAUGGCAGGGCCCAGCGUAUCUAAGGAAACAUAUGAAUUUGUACUGGGCAUUAAUUAUUGGUAAAUAAAGGUAAAUUA